AUGUGCAAGCUGGGCCGACUUGACGUCACUGUCAAUAGUGGUAAACGUGGAAGAUACUCUACAAAUGGCGACCCUCCAAACAAGGACAUCAAAAAGCCAAGGAAAGGAGAAAUAAAUUUCCUGCCUCAGUAUCCAGAGGGGUUGGAUGACCACAACCUGGAAGCAGCUCGCCAGGUGUGUUGCGAGUUCACCCGUGUGGUGGGGAAAAAUCUCAAAGAAAACUUCUUUGAGGCACUUGACCGUUUCUCGCCAAACUUGAUGGACCUCUUCAGGAAGAAGAAGGGCCUCAGUGGACAGGUUUUAACUGACCUUUUACGUCAGACAAAGACCACUGAGCCAACAGACAUCAGGUGCCUUUGUCUUCGGGGACUGCCAGUCGUCUUGGGGGAUGACCCCUCUGCGUUCUUCAAAACCUGCUCGGAUGCAACUGACAAGGACUUGUACAGUGAAACUUCAGUGGGAAUCCUCUGCAUUGACGAACAUCCUCAACUCAACCCAUCCAGAGUGAGCAUCGUCUUGGAAGGGAGUGUGGUAAUGGAGGAGCUGGCCAACCUGCCACAGGCUUUCUGUGUCCUUUUUGGACUAAUUUAUGCCUUGCACUUGGACUACCCCAAGUGCAUGAAAAGCACCUUCCACUUUAUUCAACAGGUCAUGCUAAACCUGGGCAGAGUUGAGCUGAAACCCAAAAUUCUAUCUUUGAAGAAUCAGCUAUCUGUAUAA